AUGGUAGAAGCCGGGAUGAUCGUUUAUGCUGAUCACACUGGCAUCGUUUCCACUAUCUUCAAAGUGGUUAUUGAUUGGGAGGAGGAGUUUGCUGCAUUAAACACCGGAGAAGACAAGAUCGACCCUCUACUUGAGGACAUGCCUCCGCUCGAGGACGCGUCCGAUGAUGAAAGGAUCGUAGUAAGCACGCCUACAGCUGAUGAAGGAAUAGUAAUCGAGAUACCUCAACCAUAUGAGUACAGUAAUAAUAAGGCCGUCCAUUGGUCUUACGGUCUCAAUGUCGACUUGAAUACAAGAUCUGGGCUUGAACAACUGUGCAAGAUGCCCGUGCAAAUCUCUCUGCUUGAACUCCUCCAAACGUCUGUCAAACAUCAAAAGACCCUAAUGAAGAUGUUAAGUGAAGUCCACGUGCCCGAGACAAUCGAUCAUGACAAAUUGGAGGAAUGUGUGGGUUCUAUACUCCUCAAAGACCUCAUAGCCUUUUCGGACGAAGAGUUCCCUCUUAAAGGGAGAGGGCAUACCAAGGCACUCUACAUUUCUGUCAAAUACAAGGCCUCACAUGUAGCUCGAGUACUCAUUGACAACGGAUCAUCCUUGAACAUUUGUCCUCUGGCGACUUUGCACCGCCUCAAGAUAUAUCCUUCUAGGAUAAAUUCUGCCAAGACCUCCGUGCGAGCCUUUGACGGAACGAAGAAAGAAGUGAUGGGAGAAAUCCACCUUGACAUACAGAUAGGACCAAUAAUGUUCAACAUCCUAUUUCAAGGUUCAGCGCUGCCCGUUCCUGAGAUGUCAAAUGCUGCAGUCAUGGUUGGAAGAGUGAUGGUGUCCCAUGAUUUUAACCCGAGUGAAGGACUUGAUAGGAAUGGUCAAGGCCCUGCAAGAAUAAUGUACGAAAAGAAGGAGGUGAUCGAUACAUUGGGGCAACCGAGUGGCAAUUUCGACUACUAUGUAAAAUACUCGACGCCCUUGAGCUUCUAUAUUGACCCGCGUGAUAUUGUCUCCAAUGGAUGGGGAGGUAUGGAUAAUCCAACACCACUAGUGAUGGAAGACCCCGAUGAUGCAAUGGAAGGAAUCACUGCCAUGUUCGAUGACAUGUUUAUUGGAGUUAUCGAGGAAGGACCGUUGAAGGGAAUGGGUACUGACCCGCAAGAGGGCAAUCUUGUGAUACGUGAGGGUAUGGGAUCGGUCCAAUUUGAUGAAUUAUGCGCCAUCAAGCCUGACCCCGAUGACACUGACGAACUCGACAACUCUUCAGAUAUUCAGCGUGAUUUAGAGCAUCAUGAAAGGCCCAAAGUCCUCACAUCAGACCAAACUAUCACUCUUAACCUGAGUGAUUCAGGGGAGCCCAAAGAAGUAAAGAUAGGAGCAACCCUUCCCGAAGACCCUUCUAUUGUGGAGCACAGUCUGCCUACUAAUCCGGGCAUACCGCCCAAGAAACAGAGGUUACGGAGAACCAAGCCUGAGCUUUCGAAGAAAAUAGAGGAGGAGGUCAUGAAGUUCUUGAAAGUGGGAUUCAUCGAAGUCACCCGAUACCUCAGCUGGGUGGCCAACAUUGUGCCGGUCAUGAAGAAGGAUGGCCAAGUUUGGGUUUGCAUCGAUUAUCAUGACCUGAACAAGGCCAACCUUAAAGACGACUUCCCAUUGCCAUAUAUAGACGUUAUGAUAAAAAUGAAAGACGACGAUAAGGAGAAAACGGCGUUCAUCAUUCCUUGGGGGACAUUCCAUUACAAGGUCAUGCCCUUCGGCCUUAAAAAUGCCAGGACAACAUAUCAACGGGCAAUGGUGACGCUUUUCCAUGACACAAUGCAUAAGAAGAUCGAGGUCUAUGUCGAUGACAUGAUUGCUAAGUCUCGACCCAGGAAGAGUCACGUCGAUACCUUGAAGAAAUUAUUUGAGAGAUUCCGUGAGUUUAAGCUCCGUCUCAACCCAGCGAAGUGCAUAUUCGGAGCAACCCCGGGCAAAUUACUCUGGUUCAUAGUAAGCAGUAAAGGCAAUGAAGUCGACCCCUCCAAAGUGAAGGCUAUAUGUGAGUUACAACCCCCAUUGACUGUGAAAGAAGUGCAAAGCCUCCUGGGUAGAUUGAACUACAUAGCCCGCUUUAUUUCCCAGCUCUUCGAAACUGCUAAGCUAUUCUUCAAACUUCUAAAGAAGAAUGCUCAAGUGGAAUGGAAUGAUGAUUGUCGAGAAGCGUUUAAUGAACUAAAGCGGUACCUGAUGAAACCACCAGUGCUAGUCCCACCAAUACUAGGGCAGCCCUUGAUCCUUUACCUCAUGAUUCAUAGUGAGUCUGUGGGUGCGAUGCUAGCCUAG